CACGUAUCGAGCAAGCACUCUCUUCCUCAUGACGCUGCCUAUUAGAACACGAGCACAGACACAGACACUGGCUCUGCCUGAUUCUCCAUCUAAGAAGGCGUUUGCCAAAUUGCAAAGCCUUUUGGCUCUCACGUCGCCGUCAAAAGCUCGAGCAGCAGCUUCUUCCAACGACCGAGCUUCGCCGUCAAUCUCUCCGAAUCGAAACCCGUUUUCAAACCAGCAACUCUCGCCAUCAAAACCGAACCUAUAUGCAAUAGAUGUUUUAUCGCCACCGAAACCACGCUUGGCGCCACCCCCAGGUAAAGAUCACGGGACGCCCCUAAGAAAACAGCUGUCUCCCUUUAGCCACGCUUCUCCCUCUAAAGAUGUUCAUUUAUCCCCAGCUAAAGAGCGUGCGGCGCGCUGGCUCUUAUCCCCAUCCAAGGACCGGGUCUUUGAUUCGUCCCCGGUGAGGACGCCGCGCCGAGCUGACCCGUCGCUCGAUAUACGGUCCGAUACUGAUCUCGACCGCAGCGCCAGAAAACGUGCCUUUAAGGCCCUUUUCACCAAGCUAACAGAAGAAGAUAGUGAGAGCGAAGAGGAAAUCGAGAAAAUCAUUGCCGCAUCCCGAGACUACAGUGAUUCCGAUUCUGAUUACCAGGAUACAUCGGAAAUUAUCUCAACCAAAAACCAGAGCCCCACACCCAAGAAGCGUCGUACAAAUUUGCAUCACCUUCUCUCCAAAGAAGAGGACUCUGAGUUUAUGAGCGAACUUAACACUCCCUUUGUGCCUACGGUGGCACCGCUGGAAGACGAUGAAUCGCGGAAGUUUGACGACCGUGCAUUGUUUCUUGACGGUUCCGAGGGCUACUUUGAGCAGAGCAAAAUGCGCAACAAGAAAACGUCGGGUAAUACGCUCCUGAUGCUCCCAUCCGCGGCGGAUAUCGACUACCAGGAUUUCAACCAACUUGUGAAGCUCAAUCGGAUGCUCUACUUUCGCGAACGACGCAACUUGGCCCGUCACUACCGGGCUAGUUACACCCAGUGGAUGUUUGAACUCUCGCAGGGCUUCAAUCUUAUGUUCUACGGCGUCGGAUCGAAGCGCGAGCUUGUCAUGGAGUUUGUGGAGGCGCAUUUUGACCUUCCGGUGCUUGUGGUGAACGGUUACAACCCCAACACUAGUUUUAAGGAGGUGAUAACCCAAAUCGGGGGACUCUUUCACCAGAAACUCCCAAAGUUACCGCGGGAUAUUUUUCUGAUGGUUACUCAAACUCUCAAUAAACAGACUCCUCAGCUCUUGUUGGUGGUUCACAACCUUGACGGUGAGGCUUUACGAGACGACAAGACACAAUCGUUCCUUUCACAGCUCUGUGCGCUUCCUGGGAUCAGUGUUAUUCUGACUAUCGACCAUAUAAAUGCUCCGGUAAUAUGGGACGCGGCGAAGCUCUCUCUGUUCAACUUCAUCUGGCACGACCUCACGACGUUUGAAAACUACACGGUGGAAACAAGCUUCAGAGAUGCCUUAUCGGUGGGCAAAUCAAGCAAGUUCUUGGGAUCCACUGGAGCCUCGUACGUGUUGUCAUCGCUCACCGACAACGCGCGCAAGUUGUAUGCGAUUCUCCUCCGCUACCAAUUGCGCGCAAUGUCUGAUGAUUUCCGGUUGGCCAAGGUAAAUGACCACAAAAAGUUAUCCAAGAGCAGUUUCAAGGGCAAGGCCAAGCACAGCAUCGAAUUCAAGCAGUUGUUGCAACUUUGUCGCGAGGACUUUGUGGCCAGCAACGAGUUGAAUUUCCGCACUAUGUUGGUGGAGUUUGUCGAGCACAAAAUGUUACGGCUAGUGAAGGACAAGAACGGGGUAGAGAUUGUCUAUAUUCCGUUUAAUUACGAGGAGAUGUCACGGUUGAUUGAGAAAUAGGGUACAUCUCACGGUUAAGAGAAAUUAUCCUUCAAGGGUUAAAUUGGAGAUUGGGGGGGGGGCAGUGGAUAAUCAAAGACUUGUAUUUCAAUCGAUUACCAAAAGAGAUAUUUCGGUAUGUAGACGGAUA